UCUUCCGCUUCCUGUGGUGUCCCGCUGUGAGCGGGCGCUCUAGCGUUGGCGGCGAGGCUGUGUGCCCCCCUCCAGCAGCCGUCGCUUUCCGUGGCUCUUCACCUGCCCCGCUCCCGCCAUGUCGUGCAACUACGUGGUGACGGCACAGAAGCCCACGGCCGUCAACAGCUGCGUCACCGGGCACUUCACCUCCGCGGAGGACCUCAACUUGUUGAUUGCCAAGAACACCCGCCUAGAGAUCUAUGUGGUCACCGCCGAAGGGCUGCGGCCCGUCAAGGAGGUGGGCAUGUACGGCAAGAUCGCGGUCAUGGAGCUGUUCCGGCCCAAGGGGGAGAGCAAGGAUUUGCUCUUUAUUUUGACAGCAAAAUAUAAUGCCUGCAUCCUUGAGUACAAACAAAGUGGGGAGAGCAUUGACAUCAUCACCCGAGCCCAUGGCAAUGUGCAGGAUCGUAUCGGCCGUCCCUCAGAAACGGGUAUAAUUGGCAUAAUUGACCCAGAGUGCCGGAUGAUUGGACUACGACUCUAUGAUGGCCUCUUCAAAGUGAUCCCUCUGGAACGGGAAAAUAAGGAAUUAAAGGCAUUUAAUAUCCGACUGGAGGAACUGCAGGUCAUUGAUGUCAAGUUCCUGUAUGGGUGCCAAGCCCCAACCAUCUGUUUUGUAUACCAGGAUCCACAGGGCCGGCACGUCAAGACCUACGAGGUGUCUUUACGGGAGAAGGAGUUUAACAAAGGACCCUGGAAACAGGAGAAUGUGGAGGCUGAAGCCUCUAUGGUAAUUGCAGUGCCUGAGCCAUUUGGAGGGGCUAUCAUAAUUGGACAAGAAUCCAUCACCUACCAUAAUGGUGAUAAAUACCUGGCUAUAGCCCCACCCAUCAUCAAGCAAAGUACAAUUGUGUGUCACAACCGUGUGGAUCCAAAUGGGUCCCGUUACCUUCUGGGGGACAUGGAGGGCCGCCUAUUCAUGCUGUUAUUGGAGAAGGAGGAACAGAUGGACGGUGGUGUCAGUCUGAAGGAUUUGCGUGUGGAGCUGCUUGGAGAGACAUCCAUUGCAGAAUGCCUGACUUACCUAGACAAUGGUGUUGUGUUUGUUGGCUCACGACUUGGGGACUCCCAACUUGUGAAGCUCAAUGUGGACAGUAAUGAACAAGGCUCAUAUGUUGUGGCCAUGGAAACCUUCACCAACCUUGGUCCCAUUGUGGACAUGUGUGUGGUAGAUCUUGAGAGACAGGGCCAAGGGCAGCUGGUUACAUGUUCUGGUGCCUUUAAGGAGGGCUCGCUGAGGAUCAUCCGGAAUGGGAUUGGAAUUCAUGAACAUGCCAGCAUUGAUCUGCCAGGAAUUAAAGGAUUGUGGCCCCUGAGGUCAGACUCUCAUCGUGAAACUGAUAACACCUUAGUGCUGUCCUUUGUUGGACAAACCAGGGUGUUGAUGUUGAAUGGGGAGGAAGUGGAGGAAACUGAACUGACAGGAUUUGUGGAUGAUCAACAAACUUUUUUCUGUGGCAAUGUGGCUCAUCAGCAGUUAAUCCAGAUAACAUCCGGCUCAGUACGACUUGUCACUCAGGAGCCCAAGGCCCUGGUGAGCGAAUGGAAAGAGCCAAACGGGAAGAACAUCAGCGUGGCUUCCUGCAAUAGCAGUCAAGUGGUGGUGGCUGUGGGGAGAGUGCUGUACUACCUAGAGAUCCACCCUCAGGAACUCAAGCAGAUAAGUUGCACAGAGAUGGAGCAUGAGGUUGCCUGCUUGGACAUCACUCCCCUGGGAGACAUCAGCGGCAUGUCCCCUCUGUGUGCGAUUGGCCUCUGGACUGACAUCUCAGCCCGCAUUCUUAAACUGCCCUCAUUUGACCUGCUACACAAGGAGAUGCUGGGAGGAGAGAUUAUCCCACGCUCCAUUCUGAUGACCACCUUUGAGAGUAGCCACUAUCUGCUUUGUGCCCUGGGGGAUGGGGCUCUCUUCUACUUCGGGCUGAACGUUGAGACAGGUUUGCUGAGUGAUCGGAAGAAAGUGACUCUGGGAACUCAGCCCACUGUUUUAAGGACAUUUCGCUCCCUCUCCACUACCAAUGUAUUUGCCUGCUCGGACCGCCCAACGGUUAUUUACAGCAGCAACCACAAACUGGUCUUUUCCAAUGUCAAUCUUAAGGAGGUGAACUACAUGUGCCCUCUCAACUCAGAUGGGUAUCCUGACAGCCUGGCUUUAGCCAACAACAGCACUUUGACAAUCGGCACCAUUGAUGAAAUUCAGAAGCUGCACAUCCGCACCGUUCCCCUUUAUGAGUCACCCAGGAAGAUCUGCUAUCAGGAAGUAUCUCAGUGUUUUGGUGUGCUCUCCAGUCGUAUUGAGGUCCAGGAUGCCAGUGGAGGCACAACUGCACUGAGGCCCAGUGCAAGCACCCAGGCCCUCUCCAGCAGUGUGAGCUCCAGCAAGUUGUUCUCUAGCAGCACAGCCCCACAUGAGACAUCGUUUGGUGAAGAGGUUGAGGUGCACAACCUGCUCAUCAUAGAUCAGCACACAUUUGAAGUGCUUCAUGCUCACCAGUUCCUGCAGAAUGAGUAUGCGCUAAGCCUGGUUUCGUGCAAAUUGGGCAAAGACCCCAACACGUAUUUUAUUGUGGGCACAGCCAUGGUGUAUCCUGACGAGGCAGAACCCAAGCAGGGUCGUAUUGUGGUGUUCCACUAUUCUGAUGGUAAAUUGCAGAGUCUGGCUGAGAAAGAAGUGAAAGGGGCUGUCUAUUCCAUGGUGGAAUUCAAUGGAAAACUCCUAGCCAGCAUAAACAGCACGGUGCGGCUGUAUGAGUGGACAGCAGAGAAGGAGCUUCGCACAGAAUGCAAUCAUUACAACAACAUCAUGGCGCUGUAUGUAAAGACAAAGGGCGACUUCAUCUUAGUUGGCGAUCUGAUGCGCUCUGUCCUUUUGCUUGCGUAUAAGCCCAUGGAAGGGAACUUUGAAGAGAUCGCUCGUGACUUCAAUCCAAAUUGGAUGAGUGCUGUGGAGAUUUUGGAUGAUGACAACUUCCUUGGGGCAGAGAAUGCCUUUAACUUGUUUGUGUGCCAGAAAGACAGUGCUGCCACAACGGAUGAGGAACGCCAGCAUCUACAGGAGUUUGGCCUAUUCCAUUUGGGCGAAUUUGUCAAUGUCUUCUGUCAUGGGUCCCUGGUCAUGCAGAAUCUGGGCGAAACAUCCACACCAACACAGGGCUCCGUGCUUUUUGGCACAGUCAAUGGAAUGAUUGGAUUGGUGACUUCACUGUCAGAAAGCUGGUAUAACCUCCUGCUGGAUGUGCAGAACAGGCUCAACAAAGUCAUUAAGAGUGUGGGAAAGAUUGAACACUCCUUCUGGAGAUCAUUCCAUACGGAACGUAAGACGGAGCCAGCUACAGGAUUUAUUGAUGGAGAUUUAAUUGAAAGCUUUCUGGACAUCAGCCGACCCAAGAUGCAAGAGGUGGUGGCUAACCUACAGAUUGAUGAUGGCAGUGGCAUGAAGAGGGAGGCGACAGUGGAUGACUUGAUCAAGAUUGUGGAGGAGCUCACCCGUAUCCACUAACUGGAUGAGGAGAUAUUUCCUAGCACCUUCCUCCAUGCUAGCACAUGGAGUCUUUUCCCACUUGCAGCUGGGUCCCCUAGCCGGUUGCAUUGUAAUACUAGAGGCAGUAGCAAUGUGCCUGGGUGAAAGUGGGGAAUCCCUGAACUGAAGCCAUCCCGCUAGGGAUGCAAUGUUGGCUGUUGAUGGUAUCACUUUCUGCUUGGAUUCAGCAAUCCUGUGGCUCUCAUCUGCCAACCCAGUCCCAGCCAGUUGUUCCAAUUGAGUAACCGCUAGCAGUUGGCAAAGCUGCACACCUCCCUCCCACCCACCUAGACUCUUCCCACAACUCAUUCACUGUUGUCUUUUAGUAUCUUUUUUUGGAUUUUUUGUUUUGUUUUGUUCCUUGUGUUUUGAAGUGGGAGUCUCCUUUCCCCCCCUCUUCAUCUGUUUGGAUGAGGUGUGGUUAGAUGACUGUGUCUCAUGCUGGGGAAGUGGAAGUGGUGCCUACUCUGGCUUAUGGAGAUGCCUGCCCAGGUAAGGGAACCCAAGUAUGGGUGGGAAGUCUCCCUACCACCCCCACCACCCCCACCCCCACCCAGCCUGGCUCCUCAUUCAGGAAGAAGGGGCUGGAAAAUUACUUUUCUGUUGUUGGUUUUGGAAUUUUACCAAAUAAAAGUAGUCCAAGAGGAAA